AUGGCAGUCCUCUACUUUGUCGCUCUAUGCGCUCUGUUUCUACUAUCAUGUCUUGGUCAGCCAGUCCAAGCCACCGAGUUUCAACAGCAAUGUUCAAAAUUGGCCAAAUCUUUGAGAAUUCCUAAUGCAAACCUGACACAGUCAGAGUUUGUCGCAGCCAACACUACUCUGUCAUUUCCUAAUGUGGACCCAAGCUGCGGCCGCGCUUCCCAGCUUGUGGGGGCAGAUCUUUGCCGCGUCACGCUACAGGUCGCCACAUCGACAAGGUCUGGAAUCAAGAUGGAGGCCUGGCUACCGCAGAACUGGACCGGACGGUUUCUGAGCACUGGAAACGGCGGUCUCGGAGGCUGCAUCCAGUACGAAGAUAUGGACUACGCAUCAUCCCUGGGUUUUGCCACAGUUGGGACCAACAACGGCCACGACGGCCAGGAGGGCAAAGACUUUCUCAACAACCCCGAUGUUAUCGAGGACUUUGCCUACAGGGCUCUUCAUACGGGCGUGGUGCUGGGUAAAGAUAUUAGCAAGACCUUUUACGGCAAACCGCACACAAAGAGCUACUAUCUUGGCUGCUCCACGGGCGGUCGCCAAGGAUGGAAGGAGAUCCAGUCAUUCCCAGAAGACUUUGACGGCGUUGUCGCUGGUGCUCCUGCUUUUUCUUUCAACAACCUCACAUCUUGGAGCUGCCAUUUCCUCCCGUUGACGGGCGAGGCCGGUGCCGAAACUUUCAUUCCUGUUGAUAUGUGGCCCACUAUCCAUCAGGACAUCCUAGAUCAGUGUGAUGACCUGGAUGGUGCAAAGGACGGCGUUCUUGAGUCCCCAGAUUUGUGUGACUAUGAUCCUAGUGGUCUUCUUUGCCAGGAUGGCGAAACAAGCAACUGCCUCACAUCAACGCAAGUCAAAACGCUUCGCAGCAUCUAUGCUCCAUUGAUGGCCGCGGAUGGAAGCCUGGUGCAUCCUCGGAUGCAGCCUGGUGCUGAGUUGACGGGGGCUUCAACUAUGUACUUUACCGGCAAGCCCUUCUUUUCUGCUGACUGGUUUCGGUAUGUCGUUUUCAACGACUCUGACUGGGAUCCUCUCAGCCUCAAGCCCGAGGACUACGACCUGGCAUCUGCCCUGAACCCAUUCAACAUCGAGACAUGGCAGGGUGAUCUGUCGGCUUUCCAGAAGAGGGGAGGCAAAGUCCUUCACUAUCAUGGCCUAGUUGAUGGAGUCAUUACGAGUGACAACUCGCCAAGAUACUACGAGCACGUGUCACGAACAAUGAACCUGAGCUCCGCAGAGCUCGAUGACUUCUACCGCUACUUCCGCAUCUCAGGCAUGGCUCACUGUAGUGGAGGGCCCGGAGCUACUUUUAUCGGCAAUCAGGCUAAGAGCAUGGCGAGUUUAGAUCCCAGGGAGAAUGUUCUCAUGGCUAUGGUCAAUUGGGUCGAGCAAGGCGAAGCCCCAGACGCAAUUCUUGGUACAGCCUAUGUCAACGGUACCAAGGAAGCCGGUGUGGACUAUAAGCGUUGGCAUUGUCGGUGGCCUAGGCGCAAUGUCUACAAGGGAGAGGGUGAUGUAAAGGAUGAAAACAGUUGGGAAUGUAAAGAUAGUUAG